CGGGGGGAGGGGGAGGGAGGGUCUCACGUGUGAUAAACAGGAGGUCCCAGGUGUCGAUCUUGAGGGAGGUCACGAGGCCCAGGUCACGGGAAGCAAGUCCCACCGCCUUCCCAAUAUAGAAUCCCUCCCUGGUGCUCCUGCAAUACGGCUCUGUCCCGUCAGCCAAAUUGGUACUCAAGCUUGGGCUAAGGCCAGCUGGGAGCUUCGAUUCACUUAGGUGGCACUUACAGUGACACUUUGCAGUUUGCCAUUCAACAUAUACCCAGUCCUCGAUUUACAACACCAGCUUUCAUUCUCUGCAAUGGCGUCUGCACAAGUCAUAUCGAAUUCUGGUCACGAUGACAUGAUUCACGAUGCCGUCCUCGAUUACUACGGACGUCGCCUUGCGACAUGCUCAAGCGACCGGACCAUCAAGAUAUUCGAAAUCGACGGGGACUCUCAACGGCUUGUUGAAACCCUGAAAGGACAUGAUGGUGCAGUUUGGUGCGUUUCCUGGGCGCACCCCAAGUAUGGAAACAUUCUGGCCUCAGCAGGCUACGACGGCAAGGUGUUCAUCUGGAGGGAACAGAACAAUCAGUGGCAGAAGAUUUUCGAUUUCGCUCUGCACAAAGCUUCCGUCAAUAUCGUCUCUUGGUCACCACACGAGUCUGGGUGCCUCCUGGCGUGUGCUUCGUCGGACGGCAACGUGAGCAUACUCGAGUUUCGCGACAACAGCUUCGACCAUGUAACAUUCCCAGCCCAUGGACUUGGCGUGAACUCUGUCUCCUGGGCCCCGGCCACGGCACCUGGAAGCAUCGUCAGCAGUUCUCCUGGUCCUGGUUCGGCAGGUGUAAGGCGAUUUGUCACAGGCGGCUGUGAUAACUUGCUCAAAGUCUGGGUUUUCGACUCGGCAGCGCAGUCGUACAAGCAGGAACAGGAGCCCCUUGCUGGCCACACAGACUGGGUUCGUGAUGUCGCGUGGUCGCCGACGGUACUGCAGAAGUCAUACAUUGCGUCAGCUUCCCAAGACAAGACGGUCCGGAUUUGGACCUCGGAUUCGUCGAGCGCUGGACAAUGGAAUUGCAAGGUUCUCAACUUUGAUGCAGCUGUGUGGAGAGUCAGCUGGUCUUUGAGCGGCAAUGUACUCGCUGUCAGCGGAGGCGACAACAAGGUUUCGUUAUGGAAGGAGAACCUCAGAGGCGAAUGGGAGUGCGUCAAGAGUAUCGAGGAGUGAUACAGACAUCCAUGUAGCGUCAUAGGCAAGGCGUUCGCGGCAAAAUAGGGCAUAGAUGGGUUAU